AUGGCAACAAUUGCACAAUUGCUGAGCAUAUACUAUGAAUCAGUUAUUGAAUGCGAAAGACUGUACUAUCGUCAUUUAGAAGCACAAAAGGGACAUGCAAAUAAUGAUUCCUCUGAGUCCCUCCUGGCCAAAGAAACCAUAAAUCUUCAAAGACAAGUAGCUCAAUUGACAGCAGAUCUCAAUAUCCAGAAGCGAGAAACGGAACGAAUCAAGGAAUUGCACAAGACACAAAGAGCACUGUUCGAAUCGAAAUUAGAAAACGCAAAGAAAACUAUUUCUAAGCUGAAACGAUCAGGAGCAGAAAUAGAAGACGACAAAGACGCGUGUGCUGAGAAUCAACAAGCUAAGUUCCACUUGCUUUCACCCAUUAAUCGACAAACAUCAUUUGGUAACGGUAACGACGCUGUGGCUGGUACGCCUUCGGGAAAGCAACAUAGAGGUCUCCGACACGCCAUCACCAAUGGUAAUCCUACGUUAUUUGAUGAAGAUACCACAGAUCUUGCAGAUAAAACGGAGGAAGCAGCUUUUAUAGAGUCCUUGAAAAGCAGAGAUAAACUUGCUGAGAUUGUUCUCCCCACAAGUCGAUUGUCCUCUAGUGGUGAUGAUAUCCAGAGCGAUAAAGCGGUAACCCAAAAGCCGCAGAAAAAGCGGCGGCUAAUUCGCAAGAGGAUAGAAAGAACGGAAAUGGAUAUGGAAUCGCAGGUGUAG